UAUCUCCACCACCCCUUAUUUGCACCUCAAAGUGUCAAAUUCAAUCAAACCCAAUACGCCAUAUCCAAAUUCUCCACAAAUCCUCUGUUCUCAUCUCCACAUUGCUUCCCUUACGCCUCUCUCCCCAUUCGCACUUCCCUUUAAUCCUCAAAAAUCUCAUCUCCGCCUCUGAAUUUUUUAUAUUCUGUAGGGAAGUUAGGUUAGAUUUCGUUUCGUGUGUUCAUCGGUUAUCUGAAAUUCUCCAGUGGUUCAGUUUGUGGAUUGAGGAAUUUCAGUGUUGGCUGUCAUGGAAGGAGCAGUGGAAGCUGAGUUUCAGGAUUGGGAGGUGCUGCUCCAUGAUUCAAACGCUGAAACCGCCCAAACUGCGGCGAAGUUUUCCGGGGAGAAAUCGACUCAUUUUGGGGGAAUUGAAGGUGAGUCCGAUUCCGAUAGCAUAAUUAAAUCCGACUAUUUCUCUCUUGAUAAUCAGGGACGGCGAGAGAAGACUGUUCCUGAGCGUGAUCUUAGCGAAGAGGAAGGCUCUGUUGAAUCGGAUAAUCCUAGUUGGAUCGAUCCGAGUUCGGAGAAUCGGUAUGGUCCGGUUAUCUCGGCUGAAUCAUGGUCCGAUUCUGGUAGUGAUAGGUCGGAUGAGCGUAAAUUUAACGAAAUCGAUUCGAAAACUGAAUCUGGAAUUGCAGAGUUUCUGCAAGGUGAUGAUGAAUUGAGUGGUAGGAUUCAGAAAUUGGAGAGUUUAGAGUCUCAUGAUACCAAAAUUGAAUUAGCUUUUGAAGAAUUUGAUGAAACUCAAUCCCAAAGCAAGGAUUUACGCAAUUUGGAGGAGAAGAAGAACAUCCAAAUUGAAGAAACGAAAGCCAAUGAUGAAUCUGGCAGUGAGGUUGGGGAUAAGAGGAAAGUAGUUUGGUGGAAGGUUCCAUUAGAGGUAUUGAAGUACUGCUUGUUUAAGGCAAGCCCUGUCUGGUCAUUCUCUGUAGCAGCUGCUGUGAUGGGCUUCAUUAUUCUUGGAAGGAGGCUCUACAGAAUGAAGAGGAAGACCCAGAGCUUGAACCUGAAAGUUAUCCUGGAUGAGAAGAAGGGAUCUCCAUUCAUGAGUCGAGCUGCUCAUCUUAAUGAAGCCUUUUCGGUUGUGAGGCGUGUUCCGAUUGUUCGACCCGCUCUCCCUUCUGCUGGGAUAAACCCAUGGCCUGCAAUGAGCAUGAGUUGAGGAUUCUUCCCAGAACAACAGAUGCAGAUAGUGUGAAAGCAAUAGUGUCACUCUAUAUAUAUGUAUAUAAAAGAUGUAAUAUUCUACAGGUUCCAAUGUAUGUUCUGUACCACUACAAGAUGCUUCAGCAUCAGCUGUGUGUAAAGUAAUUAAAUUCAGAUAUUGGCUUCUAUCUUUUUUU